AUAUUCGUCUACAUGAAAAGAAGAAAAGAAAAAGAAACUUUACUUUACUGAAGACACCAUUCAUGAAAACAGCUAUGGCGUAAAAUGUAGAAUCCCGUGUUAAAACAAAUCUAUAAAAUCGUCUGAAUCGAACGUGUUUUUGUGUGUUAAAUUAUUAGAAUUUUAAAGUGAAUGAAAUAUUGUGCAGUUGACUAUUUAUUACCAAGCAUUUUGAAUUGAAAUUUGUAAACCGCUUCAGUCGAGAGAAAAAAUUGCGAUGGAGUCAUCUGUGUAACAGAAUUUUUGAUGCGAAUUUCGGAUUUUACAAAAAAUCGAUCAUAAAGCAAUGGCUCAACAAAUGGAAACGACUACCUCCAAUUAUAACACCGACAGUCUAAUUGACGAAGACAAUGCCACUGGGGCAUGUGUUGACAGCGGUUACUCGUCGCUGGGCAGUCUUACACAGAUAUCAUCAAUAAACGGCUCGUCAUUGCGGCCGUCGGCGUCCCACUACCUCCAACCGAUUUACGAAAAUGUGCCAAUCAAUUCGUUCACAACGGUAUCCGAAUUGACGCCGACCAGCCAAAGCAUACGGAGGAUCAAUGAGUUUCACAUCACGUCGCCGAUAUCGUCACUGAAACGGUCGGCUUCGUCGUUGCCAUGCACUCCGAUCAAAGUUGGUACGCCGAAGAAGAUGCGCUUGGACGGUAAAAGUCGAUCGAAGGCGCAUCUCAAUCUGAUUGACAACAUCCAUGUGGAUGAGAAUAGCGAGAAUCGCGACAUUGCAAAUGUUGAAUUUUCCCCGAUCAAGGCGGUGAACGUACUGCAAGAGAGAAAUGGGAAAUUCGAACGGAAGGGCAGUUUUAGCAGUACGCCGAUCUAUGAAGAAUCGUUGUUGAAGUCGAUGUCCGUGUCAAAGACUGAUUUUUUUAACUCUACGAAUCGAAGAAACGAGAACAGUCUGGUCAUACGUAAGACGAAAAGCUUUAGCCCAUCGAAACAGAGAUUGUUGGUACAACGCAACCGUCCCGUUGAAACGGCAAAACCGAUACCGGAAGAUAAAGAAUUGCCGUGUACCCCAGUGCGUAGGUCAAUUAAGCGAAUGCUUUGUCGUCAAGAUGCACUUGAAACAUCACCACAACCAUCGACCUCCAGUUUGUUCGAUUUAAUGUCGAAUGAUUCAUUCACCGAAUCGGACAUUAACCUCGAAUCACCAGUGAUCUUCAAAUCACCAUCACCAUCACCGCCACAGUCAGUGUCGUCUAAUGAGACGCCAAUCAAAAAGAUUCGCCGGAACCUUAGCUUUAACCUACCCCAGCAAAGUCCCAAGAAGGAGCUCGACAAGAUAAUAUUUUCGAAAAUUCCGUGCUCGCCACGCAAACAACGAUUGCCGGCAACCAAACGUUCCUCAACGACAAAGGAUGUAGCCGUUGUUGCCAAGCGACCACAAUACGAUUUAAGUCCAUUGUUACCAAAGCGUGCAUCUUAUGCUCACCUGAAAUAUUUUGAUAUUUUGAGCCACUUGGCCGAGACAACGACAGCCAUUCAAAAGAUUUUCAGUUAUGUCGGACCGAAGGAUAUUUAUCGCAUGUACAAUGUGUGCCAGCAGUGGCGCACGAUCAUUAAAAAUGAUACGUUCGCAAGUGGUCAACGAAACAAGUAUCUGGGCUCGUUGAUGAGGAACAAAGAAAAUUUGCAGAAGAAACCGCUUUUAAAGUCACGUUCGCUGAAUGCCGUUCCCAAAUCGCCGCUGAAACGUGCCAAUACAGUUAAUUUGAGGAAGAAUUCGCUGAGGAAAUUGCCCACACAGUCAUCGUUUGAUGAGGAAACCUUGUUGCUCAUCAAAGAAAAUCAACGCCGUACAAAAUGCAUAAAUUGCGGCUACCCUAGUAUUAUAACCAAGCACCAGAACAACGAGCCAAAUAAAAUCAACGAAAAUCGCAUACCAUUCCAACGCAGCAUUUACUGUGACCAAAAUUUGUUCCGUAGUGAUCCGAUCCGAUCCGCCGUCAACGAAUACGAUGUGGCCGAAUGUACGAACAGGCGGUGUGCAUUCAAAUUUUGCAUGAACUGUAAAUCUGACUAUCAUGGCAGUGAUCCGUGUCGCGAUGCCACAUUCAUCGCACCGGUGGAUUCGGAUGAUGAGGACGAUGCGAAGGUGAAUUACUCGACCGGGUCGAGGAGCAAACGGAAUUUGCGGCGGUUGUGUUCGUUGGAUAGAGGAAGGUACAGUUCGGUGGACAAAGUUAAAUUUAGUUCGUUGGGUUAGAGAAUAUCGGACAAUCGGACUGAUUUUUGUACGGAUGCAUUCGAAACCGAUUCCAGUUUUUUUUUUAAAUAAUGAAUUCCGUUUAUUUUCUGAAAGAAAGUGAUAUACUUAGUAAUGAUGUGCGUGUCGGACAUUGGUCGCGUCGUUUUUCGUAAAAUUAAUAUAUUUUGCUAAUUUGCCACUUUUUCUAAUGAUUUUAUGACAAAAUGAUUGCCAAUAUUUAAUUUAAUUUAUAUAUUUUCGAGUGUCCUGAUUUAUGCGAUAGAGAUA